AUGAGCACAAAGACUACCAGCAGCCUCCCGUUCUCCAUGUUACCCCGGCUUGGUUUUACUCCCAGUCACAAAACGGGGUCUUCAUCUCGUUCUCCUUAUACUGAAAACCCUGAAGAAGACUGGUAUAUCCCCUACAAUGGUCCGUUAGAACCACCCAAGAGCGUCUCGAUGGUCAAGCAAGAUACCACGAGACACAUUUGUAGACAGGAUGACAUAAACGCAUUUCUGGAAGAUUCUCAAUUACUGGACCGCUACCGGGAUACGUCUGUGAACGAUGCCGAGCCAUUGGGACUAGGUCUACCUGCACAGUCAACUAGUUCCCACAGAACCCGUAUUCGCUCUGAUUUCAUGAAGCAUACUACGAGCUCAUCAAGUGUCAUCGACCCGAUACGGCCACAUCCUCGACGGCGGCAGGCGAGUGCACCGCGCUUGCAAAUUCCCACUCACACCAGCAUGGAUGCUGGCGCUGACGUUGGCGAAUCCCCGAUGCCUAUGCAGCGUAUUGCAACAUUGUCCCCCCAGAAAAAAAUGGGUCGGUUCUUCGGCUUCGGAUCUAGCAAAAAGCCAAAAAGACAAUCAACCAGUACACCAGUAUCCCCUAUUAUUCGGACUAACACACUGGGGACAUGGCCUCCCAGUUCUGUUCAGCAUAGUACACUCCAGGAAAAUGUUAAUUUUGCGAAACCUCCAGGUUCUAGCCCCAACACUAGCAAUCACUUUGACUCACCUUAUGCCGCAUUGGCACAGCCAUCCCGCAGAAGUCAGACCCUCCAUUACCCGCCACGGGCUGACGUUAUGAAUCUCUCUCCCUCCAAGCAACGUUCCGCCCAGCACCUCAACUUACAUGGAAAACCCGACCAAGACUCAUUCCCUUCAUUCCCGACCACAAACUAUAAUUCUCCAACUAUCUCCAUGGCUCACCCAUAUGCAAAUACAUCAUCCUCUGUUUCUGUGUCUGCUUUUCGACCCGGAACCUCUCAACAAUCUCGUCAAGGACAUCAACAACUGGAUUCGGGCUCACAACAUACUCAUUUCUCGCAGGAUAAUCCCACUUGGCGUAAUCGGGCACUCACCUAUGCGAUCGACCCUCGCAGUGACGGUGCCGCCGCAUCGGUUAAAAAUGCACGUCCCUUGACCUCACCACUGAAGCUCUCUGUCUCCACCCCGAAUCUUUUUGCAACUUCACACGACAAGCAACCUUCGCAACAGAGCACAAAGUCAACACCGCCGGUAGCAGGCGUUGAGCGCUGGCUAUCUCCCGAGACAUGGUGCGACGCACUGUUCUUUCCACGUCCACGCCUCAAAGUCAAACGCGCACAUGGGUCGCAUGGAGGAAGUAGUGGACAAAUCCUAAGUCCGUCAAUCACCUCUGUCGCUGAGGGUGCCACUCCGCGCCUCAGUCCUGCUCUACUUGGAGGGAGACCACAAGUUUCGUUGGUUACAACUGAUGCACCAAGGAAACACCAUGUUUUGUUGAAAUCCAGGUCGGCUAUUGAUGUCCUGUCUGGCCCCUCUAUGUCUGGCAGACCUCGUACUGCGCCCAUGAAACGAUAUCUAGACCCAGAUCCAGAUUUAAUUGAGGACACAAACCUUGAGGAGUCAGAAUUCGUACCGGGCGCAUCGACCGCGCAACAGGAAUUCCGUCCGUCAACCCCUGUACCAUCGUUGACCAAGUAA